AUGUCUUCGCCAUCGCCAACGCUACGCUCUCCGAACUCAAAUCUUUCGAAAUGGGAUCCGAAAGUGAUCGCCAUUGCCGGCCUCCUUUGUAUAAUUGUCCUAAUCUUUAGUUAUUACAAGAUUAUUGGGGGUCGGGGUUGUGCCACAUUUCGUAUAAUUCGUUUAUCUCGAAAUUCUAAUCAUCGCCGUCGCCUGAAUGCGCAUCUCGAGGAUUUUUCGUCGACUUUUCACAGUAGGGGUCUCGAUUCUUUCGUGAUGCGCUCGUUACCUAUAACGCAAGUGUGUAAGGAAAAGGGCGAGGAGUUUAGUGAGUGCGCGGUUUGUUUAGGACAAUUUGAAGACGAGGAUUGGAUAAAGCACUUGCCCGCAUGCUCGCAUGUUUUCCACGUCUCUUGCAUCGACACGUGGUUUCAGACUCACGCGAGUUGCCCGCUUUGUAGGUCGCACGUCGGCGACGUUGCGAGCGUGUUAGUUUAA